AUGUCUACCAACGAGACCUCGAUAUUAACGGUACCAUACAUUAUUUGGAGAUGGUACCUUGAUACCCUUGUCUACUAUGAUCCUCAAUCCUGGGUCGCUUCCGUUGCACAUGCUUUCCGCAUCCUGGCCUUCGUUCUCAUCGCUCCGUUCGCAAUUUUGACCAUGCUUGACGUCACCUCAUAUGUGAUCGCGCGAACCCUCGGCGUCAUUGAGACCACCAAGGCGUCCACCAGUGACAAAGCCGAGAUGCACGAAACGAGCGUGCCCACCCUGCUCGUCUCCGACGAAUCCAAUAACUCCACCGCACUCGACACCGGUACACCGCCGGCCUCACGCCCUGGCUCCACCGACCACGACGGACACAACGCCACUGAUCCCAACACCCUCUUCUUCAACUCGGGCGAGAAGCUGUCCGGCGUUGGCGUGUUCUCCCCCGCCGCGUCGAGACCCGCGUCGCCUACCGUGGAGCGGAAGCGACUUGUCGACACGCCGUGGCAGAACUCGCUCGGUGCGAGUGGCUCGGAGUCGGGAUCCGUCAGUGAAUCCUUCACGCUGAUAGAGAAGGACGAGGAGGACGAGGGUGUUUCAGUGGGAUUGCGGAGACGAGCGCAGCAGAUUGCUUCCAAAAGUGCCUCGCAAUAG